AUGGAGGGCCAGGUCCGUGAGGAAGUGAAGAGACCUGGAAGCCGGCAGAGGAGGGCACCGAGGCGGAGCAGACAGAGCAGACGACCCCCAAGGGCUAAUAACAGUUUUGUAGUGUCUGUACCUGGCCAGUGUCCACUUGAAAAGCUGCUGGAUCCUUGCGAGGCCGAGUAUUCUUUAACGGGCCUGACGAGACAAUAUGACGAUAAGAAUGUGAUUACUGAAAACACCUCCAUCAAAAUAAAUGAUCUGAUUCCUGGAGCACAGUACACAUUCAGAGUGUUUACAGUUGCAGCUGAUUAUGUGACCGGGGGGAGAGCCAAUCAGAUUUCACUGUAUACCAAGCCAGAUGUGAUCAGGAAUCUCACAGUAAACAACAUCACAACAUCAUCUGUGUUUCUGAGAUGGAAUGAACCAGCUGGAAAUAGAGAUUUCUUUAAACUUCGCUGGACUGAUGAUAAAACAAAUGAAACUAGUGACACUUUCUAUAACAUCACUGAUCUGACUGCUGGAGUAAAUUACACAUUCUGCAUCACUGCUGUGGCAGCAGAUCAAUCAACAGAAGGAGAAACUGUCUGCAUCUCAAACUAUACCAAACCAGAUGUGAUCACGAAUCUCAGAGUGACCAAUAUCACAACAUCAUCUGUGUUUCUGACAUGGAAUGAUCCUGAUGGAAAUAGAUCUUUCUUUAAACUUCAACGGACCGAUGAUAAUACAAAUAAAACUACUACUUACACUUCCUAUAACGUCACUGGUCUAAAUGCUGGAGUCAAUUACACAUUCUGCAUCACUGCUGUGGCAGCAGAUCAAUCAACAGAAGGAGAAACUGUCUGCAUCUCACAAUUCACAAAGCCAGAUGUGAUCAUGAAUCUCAGAGUGACCAAUAUCACAACAUCAUCUGUGUUUCUGAGAUGGGAUGAACCUGAUGGAAAUAGAUCUUUCUUUAAACUUCAACGGACUGAUGAUAAAACAAACAGAAAUUCAACAACGAACACUUUCUAUAACAUCACUGAUCUGACUGCUGGAGUCAGUUACACAUUCUGCAUCACUGCUGUGGCAGCAGAUCAAUCAACAGAAGGAGAAACUGUCUGCAUCUCAAACUAUACCAAGCCAGAUGUGAUCAGGAAUCUCACAGUAAACAACAUCACAACAUCAUCUGUGUUUCUGACAUGGAAUGAACCAGCUGGAAAUAGAGAUUUCUUUAAACUUCACUGGACUGAUGAUAAAACAAAUGAAACUAGUGACACUUUCUAUAACAUCACUGAUCUGACUGCUGGAGUCAAUUACACAUUCUGCAUCACUGCUGUGGCAGCAGAUCAAUCAACAGAAGGAGAAACUGUCUGCAUCUCAAACUAUACCAGUAUGUAA